AAUUUACGAUAUUUUGUAUUUAAAUAUAAUUAACCUUGAGUGUAGAUAAAGAAAAAGCAUCACUAACUCAAACGACAAGAUUCGGUAUUUGAUAGAAUGCCAUUUAGGCCUACUUGUAUAAAAUUGUAAAAAAAAAUUAUAACUUGCAUUAAACACAUUGGGCUAAAUGCUUCAUUCAAACUUGCAAACAAUUCAUUGCGGUUCGCUGCGGUGAGAUGCUCGACCUCGCUUUCUUCCUUAACAUUUGAUUUGCUAAUGAAUCUGGUUGCUGAAAAAUGUUCAGGAAGUUACUGGUUUCAAAAGGCGAAACUUCGAGUCGCCCUCUUACAUUGCGCAAAUGUUCAAAUGGGACAGCAUAGCCUACAAUUUAAUACAAAAUUGCCUUUUGAAUUCGGACGCGCCUUGAAGAGGUCACUUAUUAAGAUUUAACACCCGCCUCAACGCAGGGCGGACCAAUCACAGACGCGAGGCGGCAGGGAGCGCUUCCUCGGGCACCUGUCCCGCGCAACACCUGGCAGACGGGAAGGGGAUAAAAACAUAGCGGCUGCACCCAGGAAACUCGCAGAUUUCUGGAUCACAAGUGAUUUUGGAUAUAUCUAUAAGGCUGAACGAGGAGAGGACACAAAUCAUGCCUCGGUCAUUUUUGGUGAAGAGUAAGAAAGCCCACAGUUAUCACCAGCCUCGGUCCUUUGAAGAUGACAACAACAGAUUGGAUACGGUAUUAGCACAUAUAUGUGCAGAGAGUAAAUUUCCAGAGGACACAGAUGCUAUCGAUACAAGCGGGUUCAGUUCACACUCUCAUCUGGCGGACACCGGUGACUUCUCCAAGUCGCCGUACAGCUGUGGAGAUGGUGUGUGCGAUCGGUCCCCAGAUUAUGAAGAUUUGUGGCGGCCUCCAUCACCUUCAGCUUCACCAGUUGAUUCCGAGAAAUCAUUAUCACCUUCGGUGGAUGAGACGCAGCCCUUUGCCGUACCGUUUCGGCCUUAUGCUUGGAGCACGUCUUAUUCGGGAUCUGAUACGAGACAUCUGGUCCAGCCCUACCCCCACCACAUUGACGUGGAGAGGAACCCACCUCUGGGCUUCUAUAGUGACCGGAGCAUCGAACAAUCCCUCUUUACUGAGAGAAAUCUUGGAGCAGAAAAUUACAGUGAUUACAGGGCUUCCGCCGGCCUGUUCGAGAGAAACGCUAUCCCCGCGUUGUUUUCAGAGGGAAACCUUCAUGGCAAAAGUUCUGAAAUCAAGACUGACUUGCUUUGCUCACGUCUUAUUCUUAAUGGUGCUUAUAAAUGCAUCAAAUGCAGCAAGGUGUUCUCAACUCCACACGGAUUAGAGGUUCAUGUCCGCCGAUCACACAGCGGGACAAGGCCAUUUGCGUGUGAAAUCUGCGGCAAAACCUUCGGGCACGCUGUCAGUCUCGAACAACACAAAGCGGUGCAUUCACAAGAAAGAAGCUUUGACUGCAAGAUCUGUGGCAAAAGUUUCAAAAGGUCGUCCACCCUGUCUACGCAUCUUCUCAUCCAUUCUGACACAAGGCCUUACCCAUGCCAGUUUUGCGGCAAGAGAUUCCAUCAGAAAUCAGACAUGAAAAAGCACACAUUCAUCCACACAGGUGAGAAGCCGCAUAAAUGUCAGGUGUGUGGGAAGGCAUUCAGUCAGAGCUCCAAUCUCAUAACCCACAGCCGAAAACACACGGGGUUCAAACCAUUCGGCUGUGAUCUCUGUGGAAAAGGAUUCCAGAGGAAAGUAGACUUGAGAAGACACAAAGAAACACAACACGGACUCAAAUGAAAAAGCCAUGUCCUCAAAGGCCGGGUUUCCCAGAUUCGUUAAGAAGCUCUUAACGCUAUGAGCUUCUUAGGAACGUUCUAAGAGCGUUGGCCAAACAUAGUCUAAGUACCAGGACACCGAACACUAAAACAAAUAUAGAACUAAUUGCUAUAUAACUAAUUGAAAAAGAAAAAUAACUAACCACUUGAAAAAAAAGUUUCCAUCCCCUGUAAUUUUUCAUGAUUUUUGAUCUGAAAGAACCUGAAGUUUUAAACCGAUGUUGUUCCAAAAAACACAUUUGGGGGAUGUGUUUUUAUUGAACGUUUGGAACCUGAAGAACACGGAGUAAAAAUUAAGAAUGGAUCUAUUCUUACACUUUUUAAGGGUGUAAGGCAACUUGCCUUUUGUUAUAGCAGGACAAACUAUGUCUUCCACUUUCGAAUAAUAUUUUUCUACAAUAAUUUGGAUUUGUUUGUCAGCAUACGCAUAAUAAACUAUGGCGAAGUUGAUUCAAUGCUAUGAUAAGUCUAGGUUCAAGUCAAAACUGUUUCAAAACCCUCGGGCGGAACUGUCUGAACCCUAAAUAUUUAUACAAGCCUAAAUAACUGGAUUAGCAAUAAAACCAACCAAGUGAUUGUGUUUUGACAUUAGUAAAAUCAGCGUUUCUCCAAAGAAUGUAGGCAGGGCCUAUUUAUGUUUUCAGUUCAACGAUUUGAAUGCGGGCAAAACAUGAUCUACACAAUGCUAUAGACAAAGUGAUUUAAUGAUGACUUUAGCCUAUUUGAGGAGUAGAAUGAGCUCACCUGCUCAUUUUCAUAAACUAAUUCAGCCAUGUUGUUUCCAUCCUACUUUUCAAAUUGCACAUUUGUUUUUUUUAUAGAGAA